UAGCUGAUUCUUUAGCUAAUUUCAGUGUGAUGUAGGGUAAACGGUAACUAUGGAGAAUAGCAACAAUCAUUGUCUCUCAAUCACACCUUCAAGCUUAGUACUUUUAUCAAUUAUUGGGUUUAUUACCUUGAUCUUGAUCCGGGUUUUAUACAUUAUACAUCGGAGCAGCCAACCUCGUAGUGCCUCGUCACAGCAAAAGCCCCUCAGCACCCUCAUUGUUCUGGGUUCGGGUGGUCAUACAGCGGAGAUGAUUAAUUUGUUGAACGUGCUUCAGAAAAAUAGUUUUACGCCUAGGUAUUAUAUUGCCGCUGCGACUGAUAACAUGAGCCUUCAAAAGGCACAAGUUCUUGAAAGCUCUUGGCUCAAUGAGGGAGGAGUUGAAGAGGUUGGAUCUGCUAAAUUCAUGCAGAUAUACCGAAGCCGAGAGGUCGGUCAAUCAUAUAUAACCUCUGUUGGAACCACCUUAAUCGCUUUGGCUCAUGCAUUGUGGCUAAUGAUAAAGAUCAGACCUCAUGUGAUUUUGUGCAAUGGACCUGGAACUUGUAUACCUCUUUGCGCAAUUGCUUUCAUCUUCAAGAUUCUUGGAAUUAGAUGGUCAUAUAUAUUCUAUGUUGAAAGCAUUGCAAGAGUGAGGAGGCUUUCUUUAAGCGCACUGCUUCUUUACAAACUACGCAUGGCUGGUCAGUUAUUUGUGCAGUGGCCACAACUAAAAUCAAAAUAUCAUCGAGCUCAUUAUGUUGGGCGUCUUAUGUAACUCAUUCAUUUUUUGCAGCUGUUCAAAGUUUCAUGAAACUUGGGCUAUGACUUGUGCGCCAAUCAUCUGGGAGGAUGACUUGACUUACUGUGUAUUUGAUGGAGGUGGUUCUAUGAUAAAAUGUACAAUUUGCAGGGAGAAAAAAAUUAGCUCAGUUUUAGCUGUUCCUUGUACUCAACGGUGAAUAUUACUUAAUGUGGCAGGGGAAGUUGACAGCAACUACCUUGGGGUUCCAUCAACGGACAGCAAGUACACUGACGCAUACUUUUUAGCCCUUAGUUCUUCUUUCUACAACCGCUUUAUAUACCAAAACGUCUUAAUUUGGUAUAACAUUGUAAGAGAUGAAGGAAAAGGCAAUGUGAGCAUGGAAAAUAGAAAUAGGUUGUAAAACUGGUGAUUUUUCGAGAAGAAGGGGGCCAUUUGUGCUGAUUAUAGUGCGGUAAAAAUUUUAUUUGACACA